AUGAGGUGCUGCAGCCUGACUGCCCGUACUGCCCUGGUCCCCAGUGUCAGCCUGACUGCCCGUACUGCCCUGGUCCCCAGUGUCAGCCUGACUGCCCGUACUGCCCUGGUCCCCAGUGUCAGCCUGACUGCCCGUACUGCCCUGGUCCCCAGUGUCAGCCUGACUGCCCAUACUGCCCUGGUCCCCAGUGUCAGCCUGGCUGCCCAUACUGCCCUGGCCCCCAGUGUCAGCCUGACUGCCCGUACUGCCCUGGUCCCCAGUGUCAGCCUGACUGCCCGUACUGCCCUGGUCCCCAGUGUCAGCCUGGCUGCCCGUACUGCCCUGGUCCCCAGUGUCAGCCUGGCUGCCCGUACUGCCCUGGUCCCCAGUGUCAGCCUGACUGCCCGUACUGCCCUGGCCCCCAGUGUCAGCCUGACUGCCCGUACUGCCCUGGCCCCCAGUGUCAGCCUGACUGCCCGUACUGCCCUGGUCCCCAGUGUCAGCCUGACUGCCCGUACUGCCCUGGUCCCCAGUGUCAGCCUGGCUGCCCGUACUGCCCUGGUCCCCAGUGUCAGCCUGGCUGCCCGUACUGCCCUGGUCCCCAGUGUCAGCCUGGCUGCCCGUACUGCCCUGGUCCCCAGUGUCAGCCUGGCUGCCCGUACUGCCCUGGUCCCCAGUGUCAGCCUGACUGCCCGUACUGCCCUGGCCCCCAGUGUCAGCCUGACUGCCCGUACUGCCCUGGCCCCCAGUGUCAGCCUGACUGCCCGUACUGCCCUGGUCCCCAGUGUCGCCUGAGUCUUUCCCCCACACUAUGGACCUCAACCUUGGGUAGAGCAGUCUUACACACCCCUGG